AUGAGAAUGCAGAAGCAUCUGGAGGAUCUGGGGGCUCAGGUGGCACAGCUCAAGAAAGAGCCUCCCCAAAUACUCACGAGCGCCAAUGGCAGCCCGGAACAUUACUCCAGUGUUCACCAUGAAAUCUCUGCUCUUCGAGCUCAAGUGACUGAUCUGUGCGCCAAGGUCGAAUCUCUCAACAAAAGAAUCAACCACUUGACUGCCACCAACAAUGCAGCUUCUGCAAAGCCCUCCUAUGACCUCCCUGACUUCAAUCGAUUUACAGUUCCUCCAACCUGGUUCCCAGAUUACCCCCCUCUGGAUCUCUUUUUGAAAGAAUUUGAUGGAGGUGGAAGUGGAACUGGGAGUGGUGUUGCAAGUGGAAGUGGAAUUGGAAGUGGGAGUGAGUUUUAA